CAUGCGGUUCAGGCUCCAUGGGCACGCGGCGGUCCAGUAAUUUCUACACUUAAGUAGGAAUAUGAGAGGGAACUAAAACCUAUUUGCUCCUGUUUUAUCUGGAUUUAAAAGGCGAGGAGCCUUUAGCAGGGGCAGAAGCUGCUGGACGGAUGUUAACCACCAACUGGAUUUUCUCUUUUGUAAGGGCCAUAGCAUGGGGUGAUGAGGACUCUCCUCGGCUGACCUCAGUGCAGAUGACUAGGGAUGGCCACAGCAUCACCUCCACAUUUUUUGGGCAACGUAAUAAAUAAUGAACAACAGCAGCAGGAGCAGCAAGAAUUCUUGAGCUCUUUGGAGACAGUUUUUCUCACCAUCUUCCUCUCCAUCAUCAUUAUUUUGACAAUGUUUGGCAACCUGUUGGUUAUGGUUGCUCUCUGCAAGGACAGGCAUCUGAGAAGAAAAAAGACCAGCUACUUCAUCGUCUCUCUGGCAUUCGCUGACCUGCUGGUUGCGCUACUUGUGAUGCCCUUUGCUGCCAUCGAGCUAACCACCGGCCAGUGGCACUUUGGAGAAAUUUUCUGCCUGGUGCGAACCUCUAUGGAUGUUUUAUUGACCACAGCAUCCAUCCUUCACCUCUGCUGCAUUGCACUGGAUAGAUAUUACGCCAUCUGCUGCAAGCCGCUGGUCUACAGAUAUAAGAUGACCCCAGUCAGAGUGGCAAUUAUGCUUGUUGGUUGCUGGGUCAUCCCCACAUUUAUCUCCUUCCUACCCAUCAUGCAAAAGUGGAACACUAUUGGGAUAGAGGAUAUUAUUGAAGAGAAGCAAUCCCUUUCGGGAGGCUCCAACACAAGUUGUGUGUUUCUGGUCAACCAGCCUUACGCCUUGAUCUGCUCUGCCGUUGCUUUCUACGUGCCACUGGCCCUCAUGGUUUUGGCCUAUCAGCGCAUCUAUGUCACUGCCAUGUCCCAUGUCAGGCAGAUAGAGAUUCUUCACCGUGCCGGCUCCUUUCUGCAUACACAUUCGGACCAGGUCAUAACCAUAAGGUCUUCCAACGCCUUGGAUCCACUGAAUCACUACCGCUUGAGGACAGCGACCGGGACCUUCCACUCAGAACAGACUCAAAGAAGACACAGACGCAUGCGCAUUGAGACGAGGGCAGCAAAGACACUGGCGGUCAUAAUGGGCUGCUUCUCCCUGUGCUGGGCGCCAUUUUUCAUCACGAAUGUGGUGGACCCUUUCAUCCAUUACUCUGUACCCUGGCAGGUGUGGACAGCCUGGCUGUGGCUGGGGUACAUUAACUCAGGAUUGAACCCCUUCCUGUACGCCUACCUGAACCAGGCUUUUCGAAGGGCGUUCCUCAUGAUUCUUUGUUGCGGAGACGAACGUUACACUCAGCAGAGCACCUGCUCCACAGACCUCCGCAGGCAGUCCUCCAUUCAGUCAGUCAAUGGGACCUCCAUGGCUCUGAGAUUGUCCUUCCUGCCAAACAGAAGCUACAGCGAUAAUGGCCAGACAAUCCUUGCCAACGAACAAGAGUCUCAGGACUCUCUUGGGCCCCUAUAAGGAUAACUUUACGGGAACCGAACUGUGAACUGCUCAUCAGAUUUAGGGGACAUUUAACUCCAAUGUCUUGGCAUCUGUGAUCUUCAACAGUGUACUUUAAUGCUAGCUGACUUUCCAUAGUGAUGCAGUUCCCUCAUGAUCCUUGGCUGUUUCAUAAUAGCAAUGUAAUAGCUCAGUGAAGAUGAACUCUGCUUACAGAAUGUGACAUACAAGACAACUGCUGCUACUCUUAAAAUCUAAUGUUUAAUAAAAAAAAAAAAAGUACAAUAGAAGUGCAUUUUUGAGGUAAGCAUAAAGCAUAUUGAGGUUGAAAUGGAGAUCUGAUGUUACACUUUUGUUUUAUAUUUUGAAAUGUGAUUUUUGAGCACUAGAUGGCAGUAAAGGAACCACUGCUGUCCUUGCCAAAUGGGAAGGCAGAAUAUGAUAAUUCAAUUAAUAAUUGACAAUGAAAAGCUGAUAAAUGAAUGUAUCUCAACAAUAUCAAGGGUUUACCUCCGUUAGGUUUUUGAUGUCUGGUUGAACGCUGACUGUCUCCAGCCCAGAAAACGUCUCCCAAAUUAUGAAUUUUAAGGUGGAUAAAAAGCCAUCCAUUGAUUCAACUCUCAUCUUUUU